AUGCCGCUACUCAUUGUGCCAAACAAAGAUUUGCUCUCCAAGGCCUCUAACCUGACGGAUCUGUUUGAGAAGCGGCAGUCAGAGUUCGUGUGGCUGUUACUGCUGAAUGACAGGAAGCCAGAUCUGGUGUUGCACGAUCUGCACAUUGAGUUCAACUCGAAUUUCUACAUCGCGGUGCCAUCAAUUCGGGGCCGACUCAACUUACUGGAAGCUUACAGGGUAGGCAAGGGAUAUCCGCUCAUUAUGAAGAAGUACUGCACAUGGCGUGCCAGCAAACAGUUUAUCUGCGGAAACGAAACCAUCAUCAUGCGCCGAAAAGACCUGAUGGGAUACAACAUGACGGUGGGAAUAAUUACGAGAACUUGUAAAGAGGUACUGAGAGCAACAGCAUCGAGCGUCUACGGUUCAUCGAGUUUGUCUGUUGCGGACAGGUACAGUUUCGAAGGCAACGAGCUCUUCGGCAACCGGCUUGUGAACGGCACUUGGGAAGGCCUCCUGGGGCAACUGGUAAAAGGCCAUCUAGACGUCGGGUUAGCGCUCAUAAUGGUAACGCCGGAGCGUCAGAGUGCUGUAGACUUCUCGCUGCCACUCACCUUCUCGAGGCUGAUCCUAUUCCUUGAGGAGCCGAAGGAGGAGGAGUUAACAUGGGAUAACUUUUUACGGCCCUUUGACAGACGUCUCUGGCUGUGCACCAUCACCGUCGUACCCAUCAUCUGGGCUGUCCUCAGAAUUCAAAGGAGAUACAACAGAGGUUUGGGAUGUCAUGACGGCUACAACCAGACAUACAGUGAUAUCUUACACGUCGCAGGAAUAUUCCUCAUGAAAGGUUGUGGCGGGGAUAGUGACACGAAGUGGCGUGACAGCGUGCGGACUUCUCUGCUGGUGGCGUCGAUGUCUGCGAUGGUGAUUUACACUGCCUAUUGCGGCACCCUCACCGCCUCCCUGGCCACCCACCGGCUGAAGAUGCCCUUCACAGACCUGCAGGGCCUACUGAGGGAUGGAUCCUACAAACUGCUGCUGUUGUACGCCUCUGGAGAGAUGGCCCUUUUCGCUAAUGCUAGUGACGCAGUUCUCUCGUCGGUAUACGAGAAGCACGUCGAGAAAGAAAAGAUUCCAGUAGGCAACAAGGAAUUGUUUGAUAGACUAUGCAGCCCGCAUAAAAAUGCAGCAAUGAUAACAGACGUUGUCUACAGAGGAUACAAGAGGCGUGCAAAAUGUCCUACAUUAAGCACUCAGGAGCACAUAAAUAUUCAGGCGGCUAUCGCGCUCAGGAAAAGAAGCCCUUAUCGGGAACUGAUUAAUUACCACCUGCUGGAGAUGCGGAGUGAAGGGCUGAUUCACCGCAUCUAUUGGAAAUACUGGAUGCUGCGCGAUGGUCAGGAGAUGCGGGAGUCUCUCAAGCCGGUGACCAUCCAGAGAGUGGUUCCUGCUCUCGCCGUCUUGGUAGCCAUGGCGCUGCUGUCACUGUGCUUUCUGCUGCUCGAGAGGAAAUUCUGCAACAGGCCCGUUCUGAGCGACGCCGCCACGAGCACUGACUAG